AUGAAGACCUACGACCCCAUUGAAAUAAGAAGUCUCGAUCUAGUAGUUGCGAACAAAGAAAAAGAAAAUAUUCAACAUGGUAGGCCAAGCUUCUUUCUUUCUUUCUUUCUUUCUUUCGUUUCCUUUUUCUUUUAUUUUUCUUUCAUUUCUUUUUUCUUUCUUUUUUUCUUUCUUUUUUUUCUUUCUUUACGCUUACCUUUUUUUCUUUCUUUUCUUUCUUUCUUUCUUUCUUUCUUUACCGCUUACCUUUUCUUUUUUAUUUUUCUUUCUUUCUUUUCUUUCUUUCUUUCUUUCUUUCUUUUUCUUUUCUUUCUUUCUUUCUUUCGUUUUUACCUUUUCUUUCUUUCUUUCUUUCUUUCUUUCUUUUCUUUCUUUUUUACCUUCGUUUACUUUCUUUCUUCACGUCUACGUUUUCUUUCUUUCUUUACGCCUACAUUCUUUCUUUCUUUCUUUCUUUCUUUCUUUCUUUCGUUACGCUUACCUUUUAUUUUUUUUUUUCUUCUUUUCUUUCUUUCUUUCUUUCUUUCUUUCUUUCUUUCUUUCUUUCUUUCGUUACUUACCUUUUUCUUUCUUUUCUUUCUUUCUUUCUUUCUUUCUUUCUUUCUUUACGCCUACCUUCGUUUAUUUUCUUUCAUCCUGUUACGUUUUAUUUCUUUAUUUACGCCUUCAUCCAUUUCUUUCUUUCUUUCUUUCUUUUUUCUUUCUUUCUUUCUUUCUUUCUUUCUUUCUUUUCUUAUUUAUUUAUUUCUUCCUUUCUUUUUUUUACGCCAUUUUUUCUUUCUUUCUUGCCUUCCUUUCUUAUUUAUUUAUUUCUUUUUUUCUUUCUUUACGCUAGCCUUUUCUUUCUUUCUUUCUUUCUUUCUUUCUUUCUUUUUCUUUCUUUCUUUCUUUCUUAUUUAUUUAUUUCUUCCUUUCUUUUCUUUACGCCCUACCUUUUUCUUUCUUUUUCUUUCUUUCUUUUCUUUCUUUCUUUCUUUUUACGCCCAGCCUUUUUUUCUUUUCUUUUCUUUUCUUUCUUUCUUUCUUUUCUUUCUUUCGUUACGCUUACCUUUUCUUUUUAUUUUCUUUCUUUUUUCUUUCUUUCUUUCUUUCUUUCUUUUCUUUCUUCCGUUACGCUUACCUUUUCUUUUAUUUUUUUUCUUUCUUUCUUUUCUUUACCUUCGUUUACUUUCUUUCUUCACGUUCUACGUUUUCUUUCUUUUCUUUUUUCAUUCUUUCUUUUCUUUUUCUUUCUUUCUUUCUUUCUUUUUUUUCUUUCGUUACGCUUACCUUUUCUUUUUUUUUUUUCUUUCUUUCUUUCUUUCUUUCUUUCUUUCUUUCUUUCGUUACGCUUACCUUUUCUUUCUUUCUUUCUUUCUUUCUUUCUUUCUUUCUUUCUUUCUUUCUUUCUUUCUUUCUUUACGCCUACCUUCGUUUAUUUUCUUUCAUCCUGUCUACGUUUUAUUUCUUUAUUUACGCCUUCAUCCAUUUCUUUCUUUCUUUUUUCUUUCUUUCUUUUUUUUAUUUAUUAUUUCUUCCUUUCUUUCUUUACGCCUAGUUUUUUUCUUUGCUUGUUUGUUUGUUUCUUUCUUUCUUAUUUAUUUCUUACUUCCUUCCUUUCUUAUUUAUUUAUUUCUUCUUUCUUUCUUUACGCCUAGCCUUUUCUUUCUUUCUUUCUUUCUUUCUUUCUUUCUUAUUUAUUUAUUUCUUCCUUUCUUUCUUUUCUACCUUUUCUUUUCUUUUCUUUCUUUCUUUCUUUCUUUUUUUUUUUCUUUUCUUUCUUUCUUUUUUACGCCUACUUUCGUUUUAUUUUCUUUCAUCCCUGUCUACGUUUUCAUUUCUUUAUUUACGCCUUCAUCCAUUUUUUUUCUUUCUUUCUUUCUUUCUUUUUUUCUUUCUUUCUUUCUUUCUUAUUUAUUUAUUUCUUCCUUUCUUUCUUUACGCCUAGUUUUUUCUUUGCUUGUUUGUUUGUUUGUUUCUUUCUUAUUUCUUUCUUUCUUCCUUCCUUUCUUAUUUAUUUAUUUCUUCUUUCUUUCUUUACGCCUAGCCUUUUCUUUCUUUCUUUCUUUCUUUCUUUCUUUACGCCUACCUUCGUUUAUUUUCUUUCAUCCCGUCUACGUUUUAUUUUUUUAUUUACGCCUUCAUCCAUUUUCUUUCUUUCUUUCUUUCCUCAAGCCUAUCUUCUUUCUUUCUUUUUUUCUUUCUUUCUUUACGCCUACCUUCGUUUAUUUUCUUUCAUCCCGUCUACGUUUCAUUUCUUUAUUUACGCCUUCAUCCAUUUUCUUUCUUUCUUUCUUUCUUUCUUUCUUUCUUUCUUUCUUUCUUUCUUUCUUUCUUUCUUUUUUCUACUUGCUCUCUCUCUCUCUCUCUCUCUUUCUCUUACGCCAUCUCUGUCAAAAUGGCAUAAAUAGCAUUUUAAUCAAAAUCAAAUCAAAACCAAUAGUCACCGACCACCAGUUCGUCAGUUUCACAUCCGCGACACACGACCCGGCCAAGGCCGUCCUCAACCUUCCAACCCACAGCACUAAUCAUUCUUUCCCCUACUCAUCCUAUUCACACUUCAACAUUGGCUUCUUUCUCCCCACCAAUCGACAUACAAUCCUGCAAAUUGCGUUUUUCUCUUUCGCCCUGGAAGCACAAAACAAUAUUACAAAGAAAGGAUUCUUGAACGGGGAGGACUGUUUGUACAACAUCUGGGAUAUUUACAUCAACGACAUACUCUUCUAUGCAUCUCAUUCUCUUCUCUAUCUAUCUAUCUAUCUAUCUAUCUAUCUAUCUAUCUAUCUAUUACUAAUUUCUAUCACUAACAUUUAUGUAUCUAUACCUGAUAUAUAUUUGUCUGUCAAUCAAUCGAUUUAUCCAUCUAUCUAUAAUAUGUCUGCGUGUGUGUGUAUAAUAUAG